CGACCUCCCGUCUAGAUCUCCAACCCCACUGCGCAGCCCAUCUCCGCCGCCACCGCCCUCUCUUGCUCAGUCGCCCCGGCCCCCGCGACGUCGAAAGAGUCGACAAGACGAGCCGCCUCCCCGACGACCUCCGCUGUCGCGUCAUCGCCCUGAUGCGCUGCCCCAUCGCGACUCAGGCGCCCCCGAAGCCCUACCUCGACAUGCUGCCCCACCCCAUCGCCGCUGUUGUGGCUUUGGCUAUCCCCAACGUGCCGCCCAAGCCAGGAGCGGCAUCACCGCGCACCCCAGCCCCGGCUGAGCUUGUCCCAUCCCGAAUAGGCGGAGUUGGAGAGGAGUCGGCGGAGCUCGAGAUCCCCCGGGACGGGACGGUGGUGGUGCUAAACGAGAGCAACUUUGAUGCGGUGGUGCGCGCCAUGGACUGCCUCUUCGUUGAAUUCUACGCCCCCUGGUGCAGCCACUGCAAUCGCCUCGCCCCGCAGUUGCCAGCUACAAUCCACUGGAGCAUGAUGUCAAUCUUAUCAUCAAUGGCAUCCUCCAGGUCUACGAUACUGUCUACCCACCAGUGCUGCAGACUGAGAGGAUGCACACAUGGCCUCCAGGAGGUGCAGCUACGGCACACCCGUGGGGUGGAGGCUGACUCAAAUGACAUAUGGAGUGUAGAUGAUUGUUCCAACAAGCUUGCAGUUGAUACUGAUGACAAACAAUUCCAUGCUUUCAUUGCUUGCAGAGGAUGUCAAGCACUUGCAUCCAGUAAGUCAAUACCUCCUCUCCCCCCUUGCUCAGAACAUAAAUAUAAAUCCAAUUUGUGUAUUGGAUAACCUAUUUGUGCUUUAUUAGAUCCUUUCAGGUUCAGAAAUUUUAUCCUACCUUUUAUCCUACAUGCAAGGAAAUAAUGUGGUGAUUACUUUUAUAUCAAUUUUAUUUUGUUCUGUUGUUUAUUUUAUGUUACUGAUUUAAUAUUAUGAAUUGUCAAUUUUAUUCCUUUCAUUGGCGCAGGCAAAUCUCAUGGUUGAAUUGAUACAAAAGUGCUAUUAUGUUGAUCUUCUGAUUUAGUAUUGUGCAUUAGAUAGUGUAAUGUUGCAAUAUCCAAUUAUCUUAUGGAUGAAUACAUCAACAUGCUGAACGGUCAGACUUGCACUUAUAUAAAACAGGCCUACUGUUCUACCUGUAUC